GUUUACAAAGGAUUGGAUAUAAUUACAAACAAAAUGCCUGUAAAAGAACGUGAAGGGAUUCCACACCAUCUUAUGGACUUUUUAGAGCCAUCUCAAGAAUAUCGCGUCACUGAAUUUACUGAAGAUGCUAUAAAAAUUAUUAAUGAUAUUCAUAGUCGCAAUCAUAUUCCUAUUAUUGUUGGUGGAACUCAUUAUUACAUACAAUCAUUACUUUGGAAAAAUUCACUUAUUAAAACCUGUGAUGACAGCGAGUAUGACAGUGAUUCAGAAAAUGAUGAAAUUUUGAAUUCUGAGACAGACAUUCUCUAUAAACGUUUACAAGAAGUUGACCCAAUAAUGGCUAAUAAAUGGCAUUGGAAUGAUAGAAGAAAAAUUCGAAGAAGCUUACAGAUAUAUUUACAAACAGGAAAAUGUCAUAGUGAUUGGAUUAAAGAACAACAUCAACCAGAUGAAAAGGCUUUGUCAUUGAGGUUUCCUCGAACAUGUAUUUUUUGGUUAUAUGCUGAUCCUAAAGUCUUAGACCAAAGACUUGAUAAAAGAGUAGAUAAAAUGAUUAAGGAGGGACUUUUUGAAGAACUAAUAUACCUUAGGAACAAGGUGAAUAAUGAGUCAGCUCAUAUGUCAUCUGGCGGAAAUAUAAAUUAUACACGUGGAAUUUGGCAAGUCAUAGGAUGUAAAGAAUUUGAACCCUAUUUAAAAACUUUGGAAGAAACUCCACAUUCAGAUGAUAAUGCCGUCGAUGCUAUAAAGGAAUCUAGUAUUGAAGCUAUGAAAGCUGCAACGCGCCGAUACUCUAGGAAACAAAUUAGAUGGAUUCGUAAUAAAUUGCUACUUAAAUGUCAAGAAAGUGAUUUGAAUGAUACAGAUGUCAAUUACGCGGUUCUGGAAAAAUGGAAUCAAGAUGUUCGUGAUGUGGCAAUUAAAAUCACUAAGGAAUUUUUGGAUAAUGGCACCGGACCGGACCCAAAAUCCUUAAGUUCGGAAGCAAAAGAACUUUUGAAUCCAGUGACAGAUAUGAACACCUUUGACAACUUAAAGACUUGGACAAAAUACGAAUGUGAUAUUUGCAAAAUUUUUAAUGACAAUUCACCAGUGGCGAUUAACGGACUUGCCAAUUGGAAUCAACAUUUACAGAUUCAAAAAAGAGAUGGAUAUGAAUUGGGGUGGGCAAUUUCCCCCUUGGUUCAAAAAGAAAAAAAGUCUAGCAAGUUGACA